AAGGAGCACCGGUCUCUUUUUUAUAUAUAUGGUCGCUCAUAAUUCACAACACCAUUCAAACCAACCUCAUCCAACUGUUUACUCUUCUUUGUUGUUUUCCGAUUUCCUCCUUAAUCUCUGAAGAUUUUCAGGCGAGAAUAAGAUGAACAACAGCAACCAGGAACCUCAACCACCUAUGUACCCUUCCAUUCCUCCACCUCUCACACAACAAGAAGCAAACCCUUUUCAUCAAUCUCAUCCCACUCCCGCGCCUGAAGAUAUCAAUCCAUUUUAUCAAACCCCUUCUCCACCAGAAGCCCCUAAACCUCAAACUCCCGCCAUCACUGCUGACCACUUGGAAAAAUGGCAACCUGCUCCUCCUCAUGAUCAUCACCAUCAGAAAGAUAUUCCAUCCUCAUCUUCAUCUGAGCAAGUACCCGCAGCAGCACCACCCACCUUUGACGGCCAAGAUCUCAAAGCCAAGGCCGCGGCGGAGGACGAGCCAGAGAAAUGGGGGACUCACGUCAUGGGACACCCUGCUGUCCCAACUUGUCACCCCGACAACAAGAAGGCAGCUCUCUGGGGAGUUGCUGCCGAUGGUACGGAAAAAGCACAGAGCUUCCAUUAUCCCUACCUCCAGUACCAACCCGUCGAUCACAACAACAAGGCCAGCAGCUCCAGCAAUCCCACCCAAUCAAUGCUCAAUGUCUUCAAUUCAUGGAGCCACAAGGCCGAGUCCAUGGCCAACAACAUCUGGCACAACCUGAAAACAGGGACAUCUGUGUCGGGAGCAGCGUGGGCGAAGAUGAACCUGCAAGCCAAAGCAUUGACAGGAGGUGGAUUUGAGGCUCUGUACAAGCAGACAUUUGCGACAUACCCCAAUGAGAAGCUCCACAAAUCAUUCGCCUGUUAUCUCUCCACAUCCACCGGACCAGUCGCCGGAACUCUUUACCUGUCCAAUAUCCACACCGCUUUUUGCAGCGACCGGCCCUUGUCAUUCACGGCGCCUUCCGGUCAGGUGACAUGGAGCUACUACAAGGUCAUGGUGCCAUUGGCAAAUGUUGCGACUAUCAAUCCAGUGAUGAUGAGGGAGAAUGCGACGGAGAGGUACCUCCAGAUUGUGACCAUUGACGGCCAUGAUUUCUGGUUCAUGGGGUUUGUCAAUUAUGAAAAAGCAUCCAAGCAUCUUACGGAGAGUAUAUCUACUUUCGUAGCGUCUGGAUUUGCAGUCCAACCUCCCCAAUAUGAGAAGCCUGCUGCUACUUCUGAACAUAACCAGGAUCAUAAGAAGGGGGGUGACCAUGACCAUGAUCAAAAGAAGGGAGGUGACUAGACUAGUCUAGCUAGUCCCUUGGCUGUGUUUUAUUGACUGCUUGAUUUUGAGUUCCCUUCUUUCCGCGAAAUUACAUAAUAGAAUAAGAGCAUGCAUAUGGAUUCUUUCAUUGUACUAUUACUAUUUCAUGUUUUAUUUUUGUGCUAUUCUAUUUCUUUUCAGCUAAUAGAUGUUGCAACUUCCCUACGCUA